UCCGACGGGUAUUGGAUGUCAGGUGGAAAGUCAUACGAACCAUCAGAAGGACCUUGUUGGCCUAGAGAGAGGACUGCGAGCGUUGCCGAUGGAUCCGGGCAUCCGCCGAGUGGACACAACUUACCUUACCCCGAGAGUGACUUGCCAUUUGAAAAGAUUGUGCUGCCUACAGAGACGCCGACCGAAUCCCGCCGAAGCGAACGUGCGAGAAGCCAGUCCACUCGAAAGGACGACCGGGAAUAUAUCUAUACCGAACGCAUCGUGCAGCCAGCAGACCGGCCGCUGGGAAUACGUCCUUUCGAUGACCAUGCUCCAGCUCAGAGAAUCGAGAUCGAGGAAUGGACGGAGUGGCACAAGGUACCAAUUGCGCAAUCCUCAUCGCAGCGGGAAACGAGCAGAAGCCGACACAAGCGGGGCUCUCCACCAGAUAGAAUCCUAAAGGGAGGGAAGCGGUCGAGGAAGAGCCGGCACAGGGAGCAUCAGAGCCGACCACAGGAGGAUGCACCUCGCGAGAGCGACGACUCGUACCGUGUGCGUUUCUCCAGCAAGGUCGACAUGACGCCUACACCGCCGGACUCGGAUGACAAUUCUUCAGCUUUCCGGAAAUACCAUAGCCCUGGGCGCGAAAGCAGUCGGCAAGUGGAUGGCGGUGGGGAUAGGUUCGACGAGCGCGAGCGACGUGGUAGGGCACACAGUCGCGAAUCGAGGUAUGACGCUGGCCACCACUUCCAAGACAUCGGGGGGAAAGGCAAAGGCGGUCGGGCUCCGCGCGGCAGACAUCUGGAACGAGCAUUCUCCGAGAGCCCGUCUCGUGAGCAGUCUCUGGCAUCUUUCGCCGACGAUGCAUAUGACGGAGGCGGGCCGUAUCGCAGGAGGGACAAGGUCACGGACAGCAUGCGCGUCCACGAGGGAAGUCGAGCAGCGCAGCAUGAAGACAAUGGGCAAGGUGGACACCGCCAACGGUGAUGCGGGGAUCGGCCUGGGUUGGCUACUCCACUGUGCUUCUGAUACAAUCGUCGAAACCUGAGAAGAGCAGGCCGGAGAUUCAUUUAAGCGCCUCAGCCACGCAAACGCCACGGAAUG